UGAUCUAUCCUGAGAACGAGUUAUGACCUUUGACCUAAAGAAAAAGUACAUUUUCCGGAAGCGCUUGCACGGAAAAGAAGAACUGAAUUCCUGCGUCCUUAUGCUACAUUUCUGAACACAUCAAAACUCGGACGACUGACCCGACAGAACACAAGGAAUGUAGAAGGGUGAAGACCGUCGUCAGUGCAGUCUAGUGAAUGGCAUUUCAUUUGCGUCAAUGAUUUAUGAGGUAACCCGACAGUUUACAGCAACUGUAUUCCUGCCAGACCCACAUUUUCAAGUUGUGCAUGCAGGAUAGGCAGGCAAGAUGGGAUCCUUGGUGUCUAGGAAGAAGGGAUCUGCUACCAUCACGGUACCGGAAAGCAAUAUAACUUCAAAGGCUUCUCCAAGCAGCAAGCCGCAGGAUGAUCAAGGAGGAAAUUCUGAUAUCUCAGGUAAGGGAGGUGCCAACUCUGAAGGGGCAGCCAAGCCCCUCCCUCCCCCAGAUGUGGGCAAGCCCAUUGAGGUGAAGGUGUGCAAGGCUUCUGACAUGCAGGAUGGAGAGAUGCGAGAGGUCGAUAUUGGGGGAGGAAAAGCAUUACUCAUCAAGGAGGAUGGAGAAUUCAGUGCACUUGGCCACAAAUGUACUCACUAUGGGGCACCCUUAGUCAAAGGUGUGCUGUGUAAUGGCAGAGUGAGGUGUCCAUGGCAUGGAGCAUGUUUUAAUUCCAAGACUGGAGAUAUUGAAGACUUCCCUGGGUUGGACAGCCUACCCAAGUUUGAGGUCACAGUGGAAAAUGACAAUGUGGUUGUAAAGACAAAUAAAAAGGUUCUUGAGAAGCCCAAGAGGAUGAAGGAGAUGUCCUGUCAUUCACCAGACAAUGACACCGUGUAUCUCAUUGUAGGGGGAGGUGGUGCUGCAAUAACCUGUGCAGAAACCCUCAGACAAGAAGGUUUCAAGGGGAAGGUUGUCAUGGCAACAAAGGAGCCACACCUACCCUAUGACAGACCCAAGCUGAGCAAGGCACUAGAUUCUACAGGAGAGGCCCUGGCACUCAGGGACAAGAACUUCUUCUCAGUGUAUGAUAUUGAAGUCCUUACAGAGAAAGAGGCCACCUCUGUCGACUGCCCCUCUAAGGUGGUGACAUUUGCAGAUGGACAGACUAUAGCUUAUGACAAACUCCUCAUCGCAACAGGUGGCAAACCACGGCCCUGCACCUCCCCUGGCAGUGACCUAGAGAAUGUUUGCCUGCUCCGCAGCCCUGCAGAUGGGAACUACAUAGCACAGCAGGGCAAGGGCAAGAACGUGGUCAUUGUGGGAACGAGCUUCAUUGGUAUGGAGGUAGCAGCCUACUUUGCAGGGAAGGCAUCUUCUGUGUCUGUUGUGGGGGUCAGCAGUACCCCAUUUGGCAGGGUCCUGGGGGAGCAAGUGGGCAGUAUGCUCAGGAAGAUGCAUGAAGAGAAGGGAGUGAAGUUCUACAUGAACAAUGGGGUGGUGGAAUUCAAAGGGGAAAAUGGAAAACUGAAAGAAGUGGUACUGCAGUCAGGAGAGACCCUGCCAGCAGACUUGUGCAUUGUUGGUAUCGGGGUCACACCCAACACUGAGUUCCUUAGUGACAGUGGCAUUGAGAUGACCAGAGGUGCCUUGGAUGUCGACAAGACGAUGCAGACCAGUCAGGACCAUGUAUUUGCUGCUGGUGACAUCGCACACUUCCCACUACCCAUGGCGGAUGGGGAGAAGGUUUCCAUUGGACACUGGCAGCUGGCUAAGGCACAUGGUCGGUGUGCAGCUCUGAACAUGCUGGGCCAGGGUGUGGAGUUCAACAGUGUUCCCUUCUUCUGGACCAUGCAGUAUGGCAAGAGCCUCAGAUAUGCAGGCUAUGGUGCUGGAUUUGAGGAUGUUGUGAUAGAAGGCAGCCUGGAUGACAUGCAGUUUGUGGCCUACUAUGUGAAGGGAGAUGACGUGUUAGCUGUAGCCAGUAUGAACAGGGACCCUGUGGUGGCUCAGGCUGCAGAGAUUAUGCACUCUGGGAGGACUCUCUCCAGGGCAGAUGCAGAGGCUGGAUCAGACUCAUGGAAGUCUCAGCUGUGAAGAGAAGACAAGGAUGAUUGUAUUGACAAUUGUGCCUUAGUGCUUUAGUGCAGACCAGGUGCUGGCCUACUCUCCAAGCAGGGGUUCGGCAAUGGUUCUUUUUUGACAUGUUUUAGGCGUUUUUAUUUGGGUUUUCUAUUUUGCUGUACAUGAAUAAAACGGUACAACAUAGAAAGCCUGAUAAAAAAUGCCUAAAACACGUAAAAAAUAAAGCAACCGUAGCUGGUCCUGCUUGGAGAGUAGUGCUGGGUCCUUGCAUGCUCCUCAGCAAAGCAGCAUGGCCCACAGCUACUAUUUCACCUUUUUGGAAGUGUAAUCAUUGAUAAAUUGAUAACAGAUUAUGUAAAUAAUUUGAUAGCACUACUACUGGUCAAGGUCAGAAAAUAUUUUUGAUAAAAUAGUCUGAUUUAGAUUCAAUAUUGACGAUACUUUGUACAUUUAUGAACGUAACAAUUGUAAAAUAUUGAUGAGAGAAUGCAUGACUCUUGUAGAUGUAUCUAUCUUUUGGAAGAUGUCACUACUCACAACACUUCUUGAAUCACAAUGUUUAUUGAAACUUAGUUCACUUAAACUUCACUACCAUCUAUUUUCUACAAUUCAAUUUCUCGAUUCAGCUUCAUUGCACUAAUCUAUGGAUGAAUAUUUUUUGCAAAUAAAAGUUUUAAUUAUGGUGUAUCAAUGUGUGUAUUUUAUGAAAUAUUGAUUUUAAGUGACAUUUUCCCCAAGUUGUUUGCAGUUAUCAUUUUAUUAAUCACGACGGAAGAUAUUUUUCACUAGCUACACUUACACUGAAUGCUAUUCAAUGUAUUGUCCAAUAUCUACCUUACAAUUACAAUACAAAGAAAAAGAGCUAUUGUUCCAUGGCAGCAAUACACAUCUGUAUUACUGAGUCUGUAAAAAUU